ACCUCAGGGCUGCGUCCCAGGCGACUGCAGCCAGUCCUGCCUCGCCAUGGACCUGGUGACGCGUCUGGUGCGCGCCCUGCUCCUGCUGGCCCUGCUGCUGGCCGUGCUCCCCUGCCCAGGAGUGGCCAAGGAGCUCUGCCCAGAGCCCUGCCACUGCCCACAGCAUGGGCAUCUGGACUGCCAGGACAUGGGCCUGGCCACCGUGCCCCCGGCCAGCCGCCACUGGCCCCUCGCCGUCCUAGAUUUCACUGGCAACGGCAUUGCUGCUAUUGGAAAACAAACGUGGAAGGACUACCCGUGGACUGAGACCUUAGUGCUCAGGGACAAUGAGCUGCGGGCAGUGAAGAGCCAUUCCCUGGAGGGGCUGUUCCUGCUGAAGCACCUGGAUUUGUCCUGCAAUGAGAUCCUGUCCAUUGAGGAAGGGGCUUUUGAACCACUGCCUUUCCUGAAACUUCUAAACCUCUCUGGGAAUGGCCUCACGCACAUCCCCAGCGGCACUUUCCAGGCCUGGCAUGGGAUGCAGUUUCUCCAGGAGCUGAUCCUCAGCCACAACCCGCUGGCUGUCAUUGCUGACGCUGCCUUCUUCAAGCUGCCCUCGGUGAGCUCCCUAGACCUGAGUGCCACCCAAGUGACUCCGCAGACGCUGCUGCUGCUCCUGCAGACCACAUUGAGCUUGGAAAGCCUCCAAGUGCCCAAGAAGGUGGCCUGCUGCCUGUGCCAGGAGCGUCCCCUCCCUGAGACCCCGUGCAGGAGGAUCCAGCUCCUCUGCGAGAAGCUGUGCAGCGCCAGCGCCCCGCAGUGCGGUUACACAAGUCUGGAACAGACAUGGGGAGAAACAACGGAUAUGGAACAACCCCCAGAACUGGACGCCAGCCCAGUGUUGAGCCUCAAGUCCAAGGAGCGUUCAUGGGGAGAUCACGGAACUGUAACGCUUCAGGUUGUCCUGACCCAGAGCACUGAGGCUGAUGUCAGCAGCCUGCACAAUUCCAGAAGCAAUUCAUAUCCCCUUCAGCAUCACUUGGGGCACAAAGGCAAAACAAGUGUUGAUGACGUGAUGAAAAAGCUGGAGAAGAAGCUGCUCAAGAAGAAGCUGCACAAACCUAAAAGCACCAGGAUUGCAAGAAGCACUAGCCCUUACCAGCCCCUGCUUGCCAGGCUGAAGGAUUUGGUGGAAAAGACAGCCUCAAGCUGGGAUCCAGAGGAGAUGGAGUCGCGUUCAAACUGGCACGGAUUAAACCCCUCGGAUGUAGCUGGUGGAUUAAACCGUGCUUACCAUGCCUCUCUCACUAGACAAGACGGAGAGGAGGAGGAAGAUGCAGCUCCCAGGCAGAACUACAUUAGCACACACAAACGGCACAAGAACACCCUCAAGCUGGGAUCACAAGCAGCAGGACUCACGUCUGCUGACAGACACCUCGGAGAUGAGGUGGAAGAUCAAGCUGCAAGGCAGAACUAUGGCAGCAGGCACAAACAGCCAAAGAAGGAGGGCAGCCAGCAUUGGGUUGGACAUAAUCAGCUUUUCUAUGAGGGGUUGAGCCCUGUGAAAGCAGAGGGACAGCCCAGAGCCAACGCCAUCAAAGCCGAGCAGCGUCUAAAUGGGAACCUGGAUUUUCUCUCUGACCCGUUGGUUCAGAGCCGCCCCGCUGUGAGCAGCAGAGGAGAGGCCACGGCUGAAGGGGAGCAUUCCUCUCUAGGCUGGCACCCCCUGAUCAUCCUUGACACCACAGAGGAGGCAGACUCCAUGUUCCACAAUAAACCUUGGAGGCCCCACAGUCCUCACCUUGCGCCAGUUCCAGGAGAACUCUUGGAAAGAACGGUCCAUCGUUACCUGCGCUUGCUGGUGCCAGACAAAGGCCUGCAGGCCUUCAUGGCUCACAUGCAGCGAGCCCUGAGGAAGGACUGCAGACUGCCCCAGCUGACGCACGCCUGUGCCAAGAUGGUCUCGAAGACCGGGCUGCUUCUAAAGGUGCUCAGUGAGAGGCAAGAGACCCAGGGAGCCUCUGAUCACAUUGAGCAGGGCCAUCUGCAAGAGAAUACCUCCAGAUCUAUGACCUUGGGGGAAGACAAUAAACUUGCAAAGGAGGUAGGAGAGCUGCUGGGCACUGCAGCCUGUGUCCUUCUGGGCAGGGCAGAACGGAAGGAGUAA